AUGCUGGGGCCAGGAGCCACGGCACAGUUUGUCUCCCUUGCGGGGUUUCCCCCCCCGCCCCCCAGCAGCGCAUCCCCGGACCCCCGAGGGGGGGACACGGACCCGCCGGGCAAACCCUGCGCUCUGCUGCCCAACCGGACGGGACAAGGCAGCCAGAGCGGUGCCAACCGGUCCUGGGGGCUGCAAGGUGAGGAGACCCCCGAGGGCAACGGCACCACGCUGACUUUCGCCUUGGACGUGCAGGCGGUGGGCGUCGGGGUCUUCCUGGCCGUCUUCAUCCUCUCAGCCAUCGUGGGGAACAUCCUCGUCAUCCUCUCGGUGGCGUGUAACCGGCACCUGCAGACCGUCACCAACUACUUCAUCGUCAACCUGGCCAUCGCCGACCUGCUGCUCAGCACCACGGUGCUGCCCUUCUCGGCCACCUUGGAGGUGUUGGGCUUCUGGGUGUUUGGGCGCAUCUUCUGCAACAUCUGGGCAGCGGUGGAUGUGCUGUGCUGCUCUGCCUCCAUCAUGAGCCUGUGCAUCAUCUCCGUGGACAGGUACAUCGGCGUCAAGUACUCCCUCAAGUACCCCACGAUCAUGACCGAGAGGAAAGCGGGGGUCAUCCUCGUGGUGGUCUGGCUCUCCUCCAUGGUCAUCUCCAUCGGUCCGCUGCUGGGAUGGAAGGAGCCCCCGCCGCCGGAUGAGAGCAUCUGUAGCAUCACGGAGGAGCCGGGCUAUGCCUUGUUCUCCUCCCUCUUCUCCUUCUACCUGCCCCUCAUGGUCAUCCUGGUGAUGUACUUCAGGAUCUACGUGGUGGCCAGGCGGACCACCCGGAGCUUGGAGGCCGGGGUCAAGAAGGAGAGGAAUAAAUCCAUGGAGGUGGUACUGCGCAUCCACUGCCGCAGCGUGCUGGAGGAGCCUCUCUCCAGCACCAGGAGCAAGGGGCACAACUUCAGGAGCUCCCUCUCCGUGCGGCUCCUCAAGUUCUCUCGUGAGAAAAAAGCAGCCAAGACUCUCGCCAUCGUCGUGGGUGUUUUCAUUCUCUGCUGGUUCCCCUUCUUCUUCGUCCUGCCUUUUGGUUCUUUCUUCCCAUCUCUGAAGCCCUCGGAAAUUGUCUUCAAAGUUAUCUUCUGGCUGGGAUACUUCAACAGCUGUGUGAACCCCAUCAUCUACCCGUGCUCCAGCAAAGAGUUCAAACGAGCUUUCAUCAGGCUGCUCAAGUGCCAAUGCCACCGGAGGAGGCGGCCCAUUUGGCGUGUUUAUGACCACCACUGGCGAGGGGCCUCCAUGAACAGCUCGGUGCAAGACUCUGAGACGGACCUGAGGCCCAGGAUUAACACCCUGAACAGCUCGUUCAUAUUUAACUCCUCCUUGCAGGAGAGAGCCGGUAAGAGGCGAACAGUCAGCUUCAAGGGCUGGAAAAUGCUCACCCCUUUUCAGAAACCAGCAUCCACUCAGCUGAAGGAGAAGAUGAACAGCCUUUCUAACAAAAUCCGGGGUGGCUCCAGCAAAGGGGGGGUGACAGCCACCUACAAACCAGAGGUGGAGUCUGUCUCUAUCGGGAUCCCUCAUGACUUCACGGAAACCAUCGACUACCAAACCUAUGACUUAACAGACUGCUGCGGGUUGAGAGAAACAGAUAUUUGAAGCCACUGGGAGAGCAGUUGAUGGUUUCUUUAGAUGUAUCUAGCAGAAACGUGAAGGGAUACCAUCUGUGGGUCUGUCAGGCAGACUGGAAGCAGCAAUCAGGUAUAAAAUGCAGUUGCCCAAAGGUUAUACAAGCAUGCCCCACAAGGAGGUCAGCCCCUUCUGUGGGAUUAUGGGUUCCUCAAAUAAGAAUCAAUGGCAUUAUCCCAUCUUAAUGAGACUCAGCAGGAGGGGAAGCUGUGGGGUGGAUAUGGCCUUAGGACAAGAGCUGUUUCCUCCAAUGGAUGGUUAUCUUUGACUUUGGAAGAAGCUGUGCAAUUAAGGGAAACCAGGAUGUCUCCUUUGCCUUAAAAACACCACCAUAAAUCUAAUGGAAAGCUCAAACCCCAAAAGAUGCCAACCCUGCCUUAGUACAUGUGAUCAUGUUUCCAUCCAGAGGCAGCACCCAGAGAGGACUCUGUCAAGCAGCAGUCGGCAGUUGAUCCUUUAGGUAAUGGGUUGGAAACUUGUAGGGCUGGACAGGACCUCCAGCCAAGGCCUUUGCUUUGGAGGGAAAGCAGACUGUGGUAUUCCCAAACAGGGUGGGGGACCCUAGCUCUCAGCCAUCGUGUCUGCAGUGACCACGGCUUUGCCCCUUCCACAUAACCUGGGUUUAGGCCAGAGAAGAAGCCCAAACGUGUACCCUGAUGCCAAUGGGUGUGUGGGUCUCUCUUCUCUAAUUCCAACCUGUGAUGCAUUUCUUAUUUCACUUUCCAGUGAAACACUUGCAACCCACCUUGUUCUAGUGCAGAUCCAUCUGUGACACAGGGAGAAAGCAGCUUCUUUUGGUGUCGGUCACUUCUUGUUCUUGUUGUUGUCUCUUUCAAACAACACGGGAUAAAGAUGUGUCCUAAGGGCUCCGCUCAGGUCCAUAGCCAACCUGCAUGUGGCUCAGGAAAGGUGGGAUAGCGGAGUUCGGGGCACGUUUCUACUACCUAUAGAGUCAAAGCUAAAAUGGAGCUGAUGUGCAGUUGGAGUUCCCUCAUGGAGCUCCCUCCCCAGUCAGGGGCAUGCCCAUGACUCUUCUCCCAAGUGGUUUCCCAUGUACUUGAUACAUCAAAGCCUUUCAUGGCUAUCAACAAUUGGCCUUUGUUAUGUCUGGAAGCAUGGUCAAAAGCAAUGUCAAUAUGGGGGGGUUUGCCCUGAUCACAGCCCCAGAGCGUGAACUUCCUUCAGGAUGGCACCACGGCCUUCUCCGGGGACCUCGGGGAGGUUGGAGUCAUGACAGACCCACCUCAGCCAGGCUCACACAAAUCAUGAAUUGCAACUCAGAAAAUGGUCACUCAGACUCGACUUGGCCAUGUAUUGCAUGCACUGGUACUAUCAAAUUUCAGGUAGGACAGUGAGCCACAGAGACUGACCAUCAGAUUGGGCUGUGAGAGCAGAGGCAGGAGACACGUAGGCAACAAAAGCAAAGUCUGGAUCUGAGGUGCAGUGUCUCAAGCCAGCUGACGGGAACAGGAACUCAAGGAGUUUAAGCAUGACACUGAAUGUGUCCUGGAUGGCAACUCAUCCACAUCAGCACUGUCCCCCAAACCCAUUAAGAGUCUUUCAUGAAUGUGCCUACAGCACAUCUAGCUAAUCCUCUUAAGGGUGGCUAUCAAAGGAAGAUGAAAGGCUUCUACGCAUAGCAAAGAGAAUGUCACCUUUAUUUCUGCUGAUCAUUUGCUUUAAAGGUUAUCAGAACAGAGGAAAAGUUGGACUUCUUUUAUUUUUUACUUUUUUUGUACUGAGACAAUAUAUCUGGAGUUGGCCCUAUCUCGACACCCUUAACACCUUUCUGCCCUUUAUUCAAUACAAGACUCCAAACUGGACAAAUUACUGCGCAAAGACCUGCAGAUUUUGUCCAAACAUUUUCCUCCCAGCAGCAAAUCCCACCAAGGCACAUAGGCAGCAUUGCACUUUCACUGAACCCAGACUCAUUAUUGCCCGCAUGUCCUCCAGUGUCUGCACAAUCAUCCAGAUGUUGCCAGCUUGAGAGGCUCAACCCUACCAAAGCAAAGGCCUAAUACCCCAUGGGAACCUCUGUGGAAAAAUAAGUCUGUCCUUUUUUUUUUUUUUUUUUUGGGAAGUCAGACCCUACAGUGCUAAUGGGGUGACAGAGAAAGUCAUUUUGCAGUGUAAAGACUGCAUCUGCCACUGGUUUCUUGGGGUUUUGAGGGAUCCUGAUGGGAGAGCACACUGGUGGCACUGGGGACAUCGCAAAGAAGGCAUCAGGGAGAGGGCUGUUGCGGAAGAGCAGAGAUGAGUGGAAGGUCAAGGUGGAAGCAUUACUUCUCCCACCUUCCACCCACUUCUCAGGAUGCCAGGUACACACACAUGCCACUGUCAGAGGGAGUAAAUGCCCCCAGAUCUGCAUUUUUGGACCCUGCAUUGCAGGUCUAACACAUGCACAUGCGUAAUGUAAGCAGUUUGGGGACACAGUUUAGGAUGAGCUGAUACAGAUAUCAUCAGAAGGGAAAGUCUAGUUAAGGGGAAAGACGGCCAUUUGCCGCUAAAUGCUCUCUGAUGCUUAGGAGCAGAUUUAUUUAGUGUCUUUCCAUGGCCAGACACCCAUAGCACAUGGUAACGUGUGCAUCCAUGACCAUACAGAUACAGAUACACACUUUACUAUGUUUAUAAAUAUGUGUCAUCUCCAAAAUUAGCAGACAUUCUGCUAUAAAUGGAGACUUUGCAGGGGCUUUUAGCAAUUGCUGACAAGCAGAUCUUUCCCACAAACGAGUUGACAGUGUUGCUUACACUUGCCCAUGAUCUUUUAAAUACACUUCUUUCUUUUUUUUUUGCAAUUUUGAAAUAUUUACAUUUACAGCCUCUAGCCCCUUGACAGCAUCCAGAAGGGAAACAAAUAUUAGUCUGGAGGUUUACUGCCUCUCCAUCCCAAUUCUUUACAGACCUACAGGGGAGAAAAUGAGAAUAAAGUCUGUUUAAGCGUAUGUAUGCACAUACACACAUAAGUGCCCAAACUCUAGCUCGUUUACUUACUGCAUUUGAUCUGGCCCUGAGAGUUACCCUAACAGAUGCUGUAGCAAAGUCUUGAGCUCUGCUGUGCUGCAUUCAGGCAAAAAUACUUGUUUAUCACCUAAGCCAGAGCCCCCCGUUUCAUACAGCAUCUUGCAUCAAAAUAAGCAAAGCCAGGACUGGACUCUGAGUCUGUUCGUGUAGAGCUUCAUUUAGAGCAGACAGGGCUGCCUUUGCUGGCAGGCAAGGAAGAACAAUGUUGUAUGAAAUAUGACCUGAGUAUUUAAAAUUGUGCAUUUCUCUUUGAUUCCCUUAAUCUUCAAGCUCUCCCAAGUUUGGAAAAACGAGCUCAGACCUUCAGGAGGUAAAUUUGUCCCGAUCCCACUGACUUCUCUGGACCCACAAGGGCGUGACCAGCUGAGGGUAUGGCCCCGUUUCUCCAAAUUUGCCAUUUCUCAAAGUACCCAUACCUUGGCUAUCCAGCAGCUCUCGCCUCAUUGCACUGGCUUCGUGUCUCUAUUGCAUUGUCGGACCUUGCUGCUUCAACAAACCAAGUGUUGAGGAUGGUGACCAGCAGCUUUUAUGUCAGUAGACUCUCACAACCCCUUUUUAAGGGGGAAGGAAGGUCCCUGUCAGCCUGAGCUGGACUGCAGUUGGGUUGCAUUACUAUUGUUUACAGUGUGUAUAUAAGUGUACAUUUUCUUUAGCAGACAUUGGAAUUUUUUAUGUAUAGAUUUUUAUUUUUCAUCCCCAGAUGUAUUUAUUAGCCAGAGUAUUUCCAUUUUGUGAUUCCAGUUCUGUCAGAUUGAUGUAAGCUCUAUGAAACAGAAUGCACAUAUUUUUGUUUGUUUGUACCAAAUACAUGCACAAACCUGUCUAAAACGUU